UCUCCAAACCCUUCAAAAAAACAUCAUACACUAAAAAUGAUAAAGUAUAUAAAAUCCCCUGCUGUUAUUACCUCUCAGUGACACUAGAGGUCAGCAGAGUGUCUGUACUGAGGGAGGUCAGUAUACUGGCGGUGUCUAUGGAGACGCAGAUCAGCGGGUCUCAGUUCAGCGCUCUGAUACUGGGUUAAACUUCUAAUGGCGAGCGAUUUAUUAAUCAGGGCUCUGAGAGGAAAUGCUAAAUCUGUUCAUUUAAGCUCCAGACAUUUAAGAAAUCUUCCUAAAGCUGUCGGACAGUUAGCCUGCACUGUUGGACUUCGUUUAAACAACAAUUCUCUCUCCAGCCUGCCUGAACAGCUACAGUCCCUCAGACAAUUAACAGAGCUUAAUUUGGGGAAUAAUGUCUUUGAGGAGAUUCCAGCUGUACUGAAAAAUCUGACCACUCUGAAAAAGCUCUAUUUGUUUGGGAAUGAUAUUUUAAGUCUGAAUCCAGAGGUUUUAGAAGGUCUUCCAAACCUUACAGUUCUUAACUUGAAUCACAACAGGAUCAGAGUCAUUCCUCCAGCUAUAAAGAGACUUUCUAAUUUGGAAAUAUUUAGUGUUACGCACAAUCAGCUUGAAGAGAUUCCUGCUGAACUGGGAUUGCUUACGAAGUUAACAGAGAUUAAUUUGGCCAAUAACAAGCUCACACAAAUUCCACAGCAACUUUAUGAUUUAACACAACUGAGGAAACUCUGUUUGGCGAGGAACAGUCUGAAAGAUUUACCAGAGGGCAUUCUUGGAUGGGAAAAUCUGAAGACUUUAGAUGUUGCUGGAAAUCACCUGUCUAUGUUUCCAGCUGAUUUCCAGUUUCUUGCACUGGAGGAGUUGUUAUUUGAGGGAAACAACUUUGUACAGUUUGAGCUGUUUGAGUCGUUUCGAGUGCAGGAAGUCUUUUCAUUAAAGGAGCUUGCUGCCAGGCUCAUCCUGAAAGAAGGCAUGAAUAAGCUGUCUGUGCUGUCCAGAGCUCUCCCGCUUUACCCUGAUCUGCAGACCAUGCUGUCUCGCUGGGGCAGGUGUGCCUUGUGCUUCCAGCGUUUCCUCACCACCUGGCUGGAGUGCGUGCAGUUCAUCAACCUCCGAAAGGACAUGAGUUUGAAAAGCUCACAGAUUGUUCCAGUGCGGGUCCUGCUGUGCUCAUAUUCCUGCUUCAGCAAGAGUGGUCACUCAUACUAUGGUGUUGCUAAAGUCUAACAAUGUUACUGGGUUGUGUUUGGUAGGUCACAUGGCCUGUGGCGAGCAUGCUCAGUGAGGGAAGCAGCUGACACCAGCGCGGCUCAGGUAGUGGCAUCUGGACGGCGGGUUUUUCUGGAACACGCAGUGCCUGUGGCAUCCUGCCUCCCCCGACCCAACAUCUGUCUCACACAGGGGCAUGAGGAACAUCCUUCAGGAAUGUGUCUAUCAGGACUGAUAAUGUCUCCCUCUCUCUCUCUCUCUCUCUCUCUCUUUUUCUAUCUCUAUCAUUAUCUCUUUCUCUUUUUCUCUGUGUAUAGUAUCUCUUAUUUGCGUUAUCGGAUUUAUCUUAAUCACUCUCUCUCUCUCUUUCUCUCUCUCUCUUUCGUUCUCUCUCCCCAACAAGGCAUUAAUCAUAAGCUUAUUAUAUGAGUGAGUGGUUCUACUGCAGAGUUUUGUCUAAUAAAAAUAUAUUAGACUUUAUGACGCUAGAAAGCACUUAGAGGAUAUGAAAUAAAAUCUUGCUUUUUAAUAUAAUAUAAAGCUAUAUAAUGACAUAGCAUUAACCAGUAGGUCUCUGUUUUUUAUUUCUUACAUUGAAACCUCUUAUUUUUUAUUUCCAUCAUAAGAUUUUGUUAAAUCUGUAAUGAAAUAAUAAUUUUUUUUCUGGUUCUCAAUAUAGUUAUUAAAUAUGUACAUUUUGGGUUUU